AUGUAUAUUCCAACUGACACGGCUGAAAUAGGGGAUCCAAUUCCGGCUAAUACUCCUCAUGCUAUUUCGGUCAACCUUCCCACUUGGCAAGAUAAUAUUGACUAUGAGGAAGCUCGUGAAAGAGUUAUAAGUCGUAUGUCAAAUGGAUAUCCCAGAUUUUUUAUUCAUAAUCAAAUAAAAAAGUUGAUGUCUAUUUGUGAACAAAAGUUUGCAAAAGAAACGGAGUCAUGUCUCUUAUUUCCAAGUCACAAAACUGCUCAUUGUUGUAGAAUUUAUAUACGUAAAUAUUAUUCGUCAGAAAAAUUCGUCAGUCCAGUAUGUAUACGUCUCGCUGAGCUCACUGUUGUACCACUAGAUGAAAUUAUUUCUACUUCAUUUCAUGAAAGUGUCACACUUCAUGUAGUUUUAUUCCCUAAAGAUGCCUUCCCUAUUGCAAAAUCAUUUUGGCAACAUACUGGUGUUGGUAUUUCUUCUAGGUUGGCUGAAUACGCACUUGGUCUAAUGCAAGCAAAACAAGAUGAAGAAGAACAAUACACAAAAAUUCCGGCAAAGAGAAGAUCAUCUUUCAAAAUACGUUACUGUAACCCACAAAUAUCAAAUUCAAAAAGAAUUUCUCCUACAGAUAUAACUUUCUCUGAACAUUCGGAAAAAGUGGAAGAAAAUUGUUAUGUUGAAGAAAGAUAUGGUCGAAACUUACCUAUAUUAUUUGCUAAUAAGGCAAAAAUUGCAUUAAAACGUAGAAUUGCUGGCGUUCUUGGAAUUGAAAAAAAUGGAAAUAAUCUUGAUGAAAUUAUUUCUAGACCAAUCAAUGCAAAUGAACGUGGAAUUGAAGGUAUUACGGAAAAUGAUGUUUAUCUUUUCCCGACUGGGAUGAGUUCUAUAUUUCAUGCUCAUCAACUUUUAUUGAAGGCUUUUCAACAAAAAAAAAGUAUUUGUUUUGGCUUUCCUUACAUAGAUACUUUAAAAAUCUUGGAGAAAUUUGGUCCAGGGUGUCAUUUUUUUGGAAAUGGUUCUUUCGAAGAUAUAGAUGCGAUUGAAAAUCUUUUGAUAUCUGGUGAACAAAUUCUAGCUCUUUUUUGUGAAUUUCCAUCAAAUCCUCUUUGUAAAUCGUCAGAUUUAAAACGUCUAAGAAAAUUAGCAGAUAAAUAUAAUUUCUUGAUAGUGAUAGAUGAAACAAUUGGUAAUUUUGUUAAUGUAGAAGUUUUAAAUUGGGCUGAUAUUAUGGUUUCUAGUUUAUCAAAAAUCUUUAGUGGUGACAGUAAUGUCAUGGGAGGAAGUAUGGUUUUAAAUCCUCAACGACGAUAUUAUGAUACAUUGAAAAAAGUUAUCGAUAUUGAAUAUGAAGAUUUAUUAUGGAGAGAGGAUGCAAUAGUACUUGAACGUAACUCUAGAACAUUUCGUGAACGUAUUUUGAAAAUUAAUGAAAAUACAGAAGAAAUAUACGAAUUACUUAGAAAAAGUUCAAAAGGAGGUUAUGGUGGAUUGUUCUCAAUUACAUUUUAUUCAGAUUCAGCAUCACAACAAUUUUUUGAUGCAUUAUCAAUUGCAAAAGGUCCAUCAUUGGGAACAAAUUUUACUUUGGCAUGUCCAUAUACCAUUUUGGCACAUUAUCUAGAACUCGAUUGGGCAUCAAAAUACGGUGUUGAAUCUGGACUCGUACGAGUUAGUGUUGGUUUAGAAGAUAAAGAAAUUUUGUUGAAAGCAUUUCAAAAUGCAUUAGAUUCUAUUAGUGAUGAAUGA